AUGGCAGGAGUAGAAGGUCAAGAUGUGUUGUGCGAAUGUGGAAUCCCAUCUCGCCUGCAAAUUUCCUCCACAGAAAGAAAUCAUGGCCGACGAUUCUACACUUGUUCGAAGAGAACAAAUCAAUGUGACUUCUUUGCUUGGGUUGACAAUGAUAUGCCGUAUCAAAUGAUGCUUCUUAGAGGAUUGAAAGCGGAUCUUACUACCAUGACUGAAGAACGGGAUGCACUUUUAGUCAAAUUGCAUCAUCUUGAAGGAUUGAAAGAGUCUCAUGAUAUGUAUGUUGAAGAAAAUGGUGUUUUAUUUGAGGAAAGCGGACUGCUGUUCAUGGAGAUUGAUACACUGAAAGAUGAAAUGAAGGUACUAGAAGAGAAUUGUGCACUCUUGAAGAGGUCAACCAAAUUAUUGAAGAUUGGUCUUGGUGUUGGUUUUGUAGUGGCUAGUUUUAGUGUAGCCUUUGUGAGUUUGAGCAAAACUUGA